AUAGCUAGCAUUUAAGUGCCUUUGGUACUGCACUAGCAUGGCCACGGAAGCUAUUUCCUUCUUCUCCCCUUUCUUCUUCAUCACUCUCUUGCUCGGCUUCUUCAUAACACUACUGAUAAAGAGAUCAUCAAGGAGCAGAGUGCAUAAGCAACGAGCACAAGUACUAUUAGCUCCUCUCCCACCAGGCCCGCCCAGGCUUCCUCUCAUCGGAAACAUGCACCAGUUCAUCGGCGGCAACCCUCACCGUAUCCUUCUCCAACUCGCCCGAACUUACGGCCCCCUCAUCCGUCUCCGACUCGGACAGGUGGACCAAGUGGUCGCCUCGUCCGUGGAGGCGGUGGAAGAGAUCAUCAAGCGCCAUGAUCUCAAAUUUGCUGACCGACCCACCGAGCUGACCUUCUCCAGCAUAUUGCUCUACGGCGGGAAUGGAGUCUCCAUGGCCCCCUACGGUGGCUACUGGAAGCAGAUGAAGAAGAUUUACGCCAUGGAGCUGCUCAACUCCCGGCGCGUCAAGUCCUUCGCCACCAUCCGUGAGAAUGCCGUCCGUAAGCUCACGGCCGAGAUCGCCCGCAAGGCGUCUGCUCAAACACUUGUCAAUCUAAACGAUAUGUCUAUGUUCAUGACUAAUGAGGUAGUGAUCAGAGCCGCGUUUGGUGACGAUUGCAAACAAAGGGCGGAAUUCUUGCACCUGAUCAGGGAGGCAGUGAGCUACGCGGGCAGCUUCGCGGUGGCUGAUAUGUACCCCUCGCUCAAAUUCAUGGAUACUCUCACGGGAUUGAAGUUCAAGUUAGAGCGAAUUCGCGGAAAGCUCGACAAAGUCUUCGACGACAUCAUCGCACAGCGUCAAGUCGCACUGGCCGCCGGGCAAGCAGACGACCAUCUAAUCAUCGAUGUACUUCUCAAGCUUAAAAAUGAAGGAAAUCAAGAAUUCCCAAUCACAUCUGACUGCGUCAAGGCCAUCGUCAUGGAAACAUUCGUGGCAGGGACGGAAACGUCAUCAUCGGCUAUUGAAUGGGCUAUGUCAGAGUUGAUCAAGAAACCCAAGGCCAUGGAGAAAGUCCAGAAAGAGAUGAGGGAGGCUAUGCAAGGGAAGACCAAGCUCGAAGAGAGUGACAUCAUCAAAUUCAGUUAUCUAAAUUUGGUGAUCAAGGAGACCAUGCGGCUCCACCCUCCUGUGCCUCUGUUGGUGCCGAGGAUAUGCACAGAGACGUGCGAGGUCUUGGGAUAUCGAGUGCCCGCCGGAGCUCGAGUGCUCAUCAAUGCAUUUACGCUGGGCAGAGAUGAACAGUACUGGGGUUCUGAUGCAGAGAGCUUCAAGCCUGAGAGAUUUGAGUGCAGCUCGGUUGACUUCAGGGGCUUCAACUUUGAGUUCUUGCCAUUUGGUGCAGGCCGAAGGAUCUGCCCCGGCAUCACAUUUGGGUUGUCAUCGGUGGAAGUUGCACUGGCUAACCUCCUCUUCUACUUCGACUGGAAGCUUCCUCCUGACAUGAAGAUCGAAGAUUUAGACAUGAUGGACAUUUCUGGGGCGACCGCACCAAGGAGAUCACCUCUCCUCAUGCAUGCCAAGACAAUAAUUCCUCUGCCAUAGUCGCUUCAUCGCCAAAUAUGAUAUUGCAGACUUUAUAUAGUCUUAUAUAUAUAUAUAUAUAUGUAAAGAAAAAAGUCAUGCAGCUCCUAUG